AGGUCGCAAACCGUGUGUUUGAUAAUGGAUGAUCCUGAUCCACCUAUAAAACUCGCUGUCGUAUUAUUUUGUGUACCAAAACAAAGCGAGAGACAAAAGAAAGGGUCAGAAAUGGGAGUUAAAUAACAGAAAAACACACAAAGAGAGAGAAAGAAAGCGUAAUUCGGUUAAUCCAUUCCGGCAUAACUGAUUCACUCUCAAUCCCCCGUUGCUUUCGGUUUUCUACAGCUGGCUUGCUUUCAAAGUUCAAACUCUUUUCCUCUCUCUCUCUCUCUCUCUCUCUCUCUCUCUCUUUCUCCUUCCCUUUAUUUUUCCUCCUCCUUUUCUUUUCAAUUUUUCUCCUCCACUUUCCUCCCCCUUCCUUCUUCCAUUUCUCUCUUUCCCCACCGUUUCUACUUUCUUCUGGAUUUUCCUUCGUUUUCCUCCCACCACUUUUCUCGAGAAAAUCCUAACACUCCACCACUCUGGAGACAUAUCUCUUUCUGUUAGAUUUCUUGUUUUUCUUUUUCACUCCGUGAUGGGCGGGCAAGUCGUCUUACGUUCGUCGCCGGCGAUUCGACGGACGCCUCUCUUGAUGGUGAAUUCGCCGACGACCGUAACGCCUCGCGAUAAGAGACAGUUCCGCGAGGUCGCCGGAGGAACCACGGCCGAAUGUGCCGCCGUUUGUUGCUGCUGCCCUUGCGCGGUGCUCGACCUGCUCGUCACCGUGAUUUACAGAGUUCCCUUCGGGGUUUGCCGGAAGGCCUGGAAUAGGACUACGAAACGUCACCGUUGCGCACCCAAGAAGGGACUGUUGAGGAGGCCGAGUUCGCCUGAGGAACACCACACGCGUGAGGAACUGGAAGCUGAGUUGAAGAGAGUGAAGGAAGCAGCGAAGAAGGAGGAGAAUAUCGCUGCCGGCGCAGUAGCCGGUCCCGGUGCUGGUGGAGAAGUGGUUCCGCCGGAGACCGGUAAUUUCUCGGAGAAGGAAAUGUGGGACCGGUUCUAUGGGACCGGGUUCUGGAGGAGUCAAUCUCAGAGAGAAUAGUAGCGAUGGAAAAAUUCGCAAUUUUAGAUAGUAGUCCUUUUAAUUUGAAUGUCGUUUUGAAUGAAGGCUUACGGAGACUUCUCCGCUCUAUCCCGUACGAUAUCUUUUCCGGUGAUGAAGAUUUAUUAUUCAGUGCGCUCGUGCAUAGCGUAUUACUCGGGGUAUAAACUUUGAACAAAUGACAGCCAAUGAAACCUCUUUCUUUUGACGAACAUUCUGAGGGUAUUCAAAAAAAACAAAAAAAAAGGGAUAAAAUUGAGAAAUCGAUGUCCUAUUUGGGGAAUUAAGAAUUUCAAAAUGGGUGUGAGACUUUUAUGCACUUUGUAAAUUUCAUUCAAGACAGAAUAUUGAAAAAGAACUGAACUUUUUCAUGAUUGAGUUUUAUAAAAAAAAUUUUAUUUC